CGAUGGGCGAAAUUUAACAGAGCAAAGAAAAAAAAAGAAAGAAAGAAAACCGUCAACAUUCGCCAAACAACAGAAGCCACGACAGCGAGCACCGAAGACAAAAGCAGGUGGCUUCCUGUAACAGGAAAGAAAUGGACAGCAGCAACAGCUUUAUAGAGUUUGACGUGCCCGAAUACAGCAGUACUGUCCUGAGCCAGCUCAACGAAUUACGCCUCCAAGGGAAGCUAUGCGACAUUAUAGUCCACAUUCAGGGACAGCCGUUUAGGGCUCACAAGGCCGUUCUAGCUGCCAGCUCUCCAUACUUCCGAGACCACUCAGCCCUAAGCACCAUGAGUGGCCUCUCCAUCUCCGUCAUUAAGAACCCCGAGGUUUUUGAGCAGCUGCUCUCCUUCUGCUAUACUGGACGGAUGUCGCUACAGCUGAAGGACGUUAUCAGCUUCCUCACAGCGGCCAGCUUCCUGCAAAUGCAAGCGGUUAUUGACAAGUGCACACAGAUUCUGGAGGGCAUUCACUCCAAGAUGAGUCUUCCCGGAGGGGCUGACACCAUGCUCAGUGUGAAGGAGAGUCAACAGGCCAGUCGCAAUGGCGUCAAAGAUGGCAACCUCUUUGUCAACCCACUGGAGAUCUCCCCUCCUUAUAUCACCAGGCAGACAAAUGCGCUGGCAAAUGAUUCUGCCAAAUUUGACGCCAACUCUACCAAAAGCCUCAGGCAGCGACUUCAGGAGGAGGGCCAAUCAGAUCGAGGCAGCAGCGGGAGCAUCUCUGAGCACGAGAAUGCCCUGGAAGCAGAACAGGAACAAAUGGAUAUAAUAAGCCGGGAUGGGCAUGUGACAGACAUCAAAGUGAAGCAGGAAAAGGCUGACCGGCCAAGUUGUUCAGACAGCUCUUCUGCUGGGGAUGAUGGCUACCACACUGAAUUGGUGGAUGGAGAUCAGGUGGUAGCAGUGAGUGUAGGCUCUUUUGGACCAGUGCUACCACAUUCUGCCUACGCGUACCCGCAUUUGACUUCACAGUCUUCCUCUUUUGUGAGCCUCAGCAGUUCUAGUCCCUCUCGCUCAAUUCUUAGCGGCUUCCGAGGUGGCCGUGCACGGCCCAAAAGGCCUCUGGCAACCGUGCCAUCAGAGGUCUCCAAUGUGAUCAAAACAGCCACUACUGAGGAUGGAGAGACGGUGAUGGGCAGUCCCGGGUUUGAGAACGACAUCCGUGAGCGGAGCAUGCGUGGUCAGUGGUACCCUUACAAUGAGCGGCUCAUCUGCAUCUACUGCGGCAAGUCGUUCAACCAGAAGGGCAGUCUGGACCGUCACAUGCGCCUACACAUGGGCAUCACUCCUUUUGUUUGCAAGUUCUGUGGCAAGAAAUACACACGAAAGGACCAGCUAGAGUAUCACAUCCGUGGGCACACAGACAACAAACCUUUCCACUGUGAAAUCUGUGGUAAGUGCUUCCCCUUUCAGGGCACCUUGAACCAGCACCUGCGGAAAAAACACAUGGGGGGAGCCGAGCUGCGCAACCACAUGGAGUCUCCAGACAGAACGGAGGGCAUGACGGAGUCCAAGGACAGCGACGAAGCAGCAGCUUCUGACAGCCACAUGGAAUACAGCUCACAGUACAGCGAGGAGUCUGUCCUGAAUAACGAAAGCAAUGACAGUGUCAAGCGUAGCCCACAAUAGGCUUGCAAAUCAACUUUUUUAAUGCUUUUUUUUUUUUUUUCCCUUGGAUGUAGCUUUAAAAUUUCCACCACUUCAGAGUUCAUCUUCAACAUUCAAAAUAGUCAUGGUUACGUGAUCUCAUAUCUUGGUGGUGGGCAACACCGUGCGAGUUAAAUGCAUUUAGCUCACACUGAGAGCACUUCAACAAUAACCUUUGCUGUUUGCUUAUCCUUAUUUAUUUUUAUACUCUCAAUAAGAAGCGGGUCCAUCAUUAAUAUGUCUCUUAAUUAGUUUGUACGCACUUGAUAUUCUUCUCCAAAUAUAAUCAAUUGUGUUUUAGGACACACUUGAUAUUUUUGCCCCCCAUCUUGAACAGAACAGUGACCCUUCUCCUCCGAGAUGGCUUUGCUGAGCCAGUAUUGAAAUUCAUGAGCUAACCUGAAUUGCCUUUCUGCAAGGUCGUGCAGAUUUAGGUGGUGAAGUGAAUGCUUUCUCUGCCCUUUUGAUAAUGUUGACAUUGACCGCCAAAAUGAGGGCCACUUCAGUUCAGAUCGGUUUCAUUUUUAUAAGCCAGCUGAGAAAAGUUCUCCUUGAUGGAGUUCCCUCCAUGUUGAACAUAUUCUUUCAUGGUUACGUUACAUGAGCCUUCUUCAGUCUUUUAUGCCCCCAGACUUGAUAAGGCGUCGCUUGCCUUAUUUUACAGCAGUGAACUCAUCAUUUAUGAUGGCACUGCAGCCGUUAAGAUACCCCAUUAUGUGUUUUUAAGG